AUGGCAUCCACAUGGGGAACGGGUAGCGGGGAUGGUGUUACCCAGAGUAGCCGUCGCAAGAAGGCAUAUGAGUGGAUCAAGGCUGCGAACGAGGUUGGCCAGGCGUAUGCGUCGCGAUGGACCAGCCAGCGGGGUGAGCCUCAGGAGGAUUAUUAUAAUACACCUGGCGCAUUUCCGGAUGUGGAGAUUGCACGGUCGGGCGAUGAGGAGAUGGUCCUAUUCCCCAGCUACGCAAGACGUCUGGAUCCGAAGAAGAAGCGCGAGGCGGAUGAGCCACGAAGACGUGAUUCGUGGUCUGAGACUAUUGAUGAAUACCGCGCUCCUUCUGGUGCAACAGCCGAUGAGGGCAACGACCGAGUGCCUAACAAAGGCGAGGAUGAGCUCGUGGACAAACAGAUGCAGACUCUUGUGGACACCGCGGAGAAAGAUGCUGAUCAGGCAUGGAAAAGCUCGAAUGUCGACCGGACAAGGCCUGGCACGGGUACAAGCAACGCCGUGGGCCAAGCUGCGGCCUUGACCAAGGACGAGAUAUCCAUGGCCAACGCCCAUCUGAUGGAAAGACUUCGACCGUUCCUGACGAACCCUAUGGCUGGUAUGCCGGUAACGGUGUUCUUUUUCAAUGAAGACCAGAGCGAGUCCCGGAACCUUCUUACAGACGAGUCGGGACAUUUCAAUCUUCGCGCUGCUAUGCCCUUUGUCCCAACUCAUAUUCGAGUACUUGCGUCAGAGGAUUUGUCCGCGGCGAAACCGAUCGACAUUAUCGAGCCGGUGGGCAUCAGCUUGAUUAGUGACAUUGAUGAUACAGUGAAGCACUCUGCCAUCGCUAGUGGCGCAAAGGAGAUGUUCCGAAACACCUUUGUGCGUGAGUUGGCGGAGCUGAAUGUUGACGGUGUCAGCGAAUGGUAUACGCAAGUGGCGAAGAAAGGCGUGGAGAUUCACUAUGUCUCCAACGCCCCAUGGCAAUUGUACCCUCUGUUGGAGAGAUACUUCAAGCAAGUUGGCCUGCCACCUGGUUCGUUCCAUCUGAAGCAGUAUUCGGGAAUGUUGCAAGGCAUAUUUGAACCGACCGCCGAGCGCAAACGAGGCUCUUUGGAGCAGAUCAUGCGGGAUUUCCCUGAGCGUAAAUUCAUUCUCGUUGGUGAUAGCGGCGAAGCUGACCUCGAGGUCUAUACUGAUAUUGUCCUCGCCAACCCUGGCCGCAUUCUUGGCAUUUUCAUCCGUGACGUUACCACGCCGGACAAGAAGCCAUUCUUUGAUCAAGCCGUUGAGCACUUGGAAUCGGAGCCCACUCGGACUCGUAUUACCCCUCAGCUCGUCGACCAUGCGGACUCCUUUGCGAACAGACCCACACUGCCGCCUCGCCGGCCACUGGCGCCUCCUCCCGGCGUCGACUUGAAGCGCUCUCAAAGUGAGGAUCUUAUCGAUCUCAGCGACGAUAACCCGAAGGAGAAGAGUACUGCGCCAGAAAUCCCCACUGCGUCGAAGCCACGGCUGCCUCCUGGCAAGCCGACGAAGCCGUCUUCACUCAGGACGACAUAUGGGGUUGGUGACGUUCCUGACCCCGUCAUAACCCAUGAGAAAUCGUUCUCUCAAGAGACCAUUCGCCGCAAGCCAGUUCCUCCCCUGCCGCCUCGACGUCUCGCAGCCAAGACGGAUUCACUCAUCGACCUGGAUACGUCUCCGCCACUUUCUCGCUCUCGCACGGAGCCAUUUACCAACGAGGGUAAUCCAAGUCUACCGUCUCGCUCCAAAGCACCGCCUCCCAUUCCCCCUCCACGACGGUCAAACACUGCCUCCUCAACCACGGGCUCCGGAUCUAGCGGAGCAUCAACACCGCGACAGGCAGUACCGGUCGCCAAACAAUCAUACCCGGCUGCUGCUGGCGCCGCUGCCCAAGCAGCCCUCAACUACGCUACGGAACGACUCAACUUUUCUGCUUCUCCAGCGCAAAAUCUCCGCACCUCCGCAUCAAACCAAUCCCUCGGCCGCACAUCCACAAGCAGCUACAACAACUACAGCGCCGCUGAACCCCUCCCGAACAAACGAGAAGAACUCUGGCGCCGUCGGUGGGAACGUGCAAGUGAUAUCCUCGAGCAAAAGGGCGUUGUCCUGGGUAGCUGGCGUAUUGGAUCGGAUGCACAGCCCGUUUGUUUAUGGUUGGUGGAGGAGGCGAUGCAGAAGAUCCAGGUGAAACAGGCGCAGGCGGGUGCUGGACGCCGGCCAUAG